CAACGCGAGGCGCCCGGGCACCCCGUCCGCCACCUUCUCUCGAACCCGUUCGAGGAGGCGCCCAAGGGCCGCGGAGUCAAAGCUCACCGCGCCCACUGCCCGCUGAACGAGAUGGACGGGGUUUCUGGGGAGAAGGUCACCGCGAUAGGGAUCGCAGCCCCCCAUCGAGGAGCAGCUGGAGACGGUUUGGCAGCCAGCGGGUCCCGCGACGACUUCGCGGAGUUGGACCAUUGCGUCGUGGAGAUGCGGGUGGCCAUCUCGGAGCGCUUCGACACCAUGGAGCAGCGCUUGAAUCUGGCGAACGUUCGCAUGGGCAAGCUCGAGUUCAUGCGCAAGGCUCUGGAAGAAACCGCCUCAUCGAACAUCGACGCGAUGGGGGCCAAGAUCCACGAGUGCAUCGCGGCUUACCUG